UCCUGUUCUCAUAACCGUAGAGUCGAUGAUAAACCUUUCUAUAUUCAAACUAACACAUUCAUCUAGAGGCGCUCAGUGACAAAAAAUGCGAGAAAAGAUGGUGGACCAAAAUGUUGUGUUUCACUGGUGUUAUUCAGUCUCUUUCUGACGAACAAUUAUAUUUCAUCAUCCUAUCUGGAGACCACGAAAAAUCUCUUUCAUAGCCAAUGUAAGUUUGAAAUUGUGAGUCAGGUCACGUUCAUUUUAUGGCGUAAUACCUUCAUUUGUGUGAAUAUACAGGUAGGACGUUCUUUGUAGUCUUUUAACAUUCGUGCGGAGAUUUUGCUCGAAUUGAGUUGAGUUUAGCUGAAGGAUUCGUUAUUUAUCCAGUUUUACUAUUGCCAAAAUGUCUAAGCUUUUCCAAAAUAGUUGGGGAUUAUUGAGGAUUGUGCAGUCAAGAUGGGGAUUGGUACGAACCACGCCAUCUAACCAGAUAUUAUUGAAAAAAGGUCCGCAGAGUGGAUUAGUGCUAGGAUGUACACCCUGUAUGCAAUCGGCUCGAGAACUGACAGGCCAAGUGACCAACCAACCGAUCCGCUUAAAGAAUAUGCCGACCGAUUACCCCCCGGUUACUGCAUCUGAUCACUUGAGACGAAAGACACGAACAGUAUUUAAUUGCUUCGAUUCGAACAACGACGGCAUCAUUACAAAGGAAGACUUCGAGGCCAGCGCCAGGCGUACCAUAGAACAUCUGAAACUCAAUGCUGAACAAGCAGCAAAUAUACUUAAACAGCGCCUUGAAAUGUGGGAGUUUGUGUCCAGAGAUUCCAAAGAUGCUUCUCAAGUAACAGAGGAGGAAUUUGUGGGCUUUGAUCCUUCGGUCCUCAAUCAUAGUACCUACCGGAAAGAGUUCUUCCCAAUGUAUGUGUCCGUGGGUUUCAAGGUCAUGGACAUUGAUGGUGAUGGUCUUGUAACAAAGGAUGAACACGCUGCUUAUUUCUACAGCAUGAACGUCCCUGUUGAAGAAUCGAAGAAGAUUUUUGACGUGAUGGACGCCAACAAGGACGGUUUCAUAUCCAUUGAUGAGUACGCGCAUGCGUAUGCGGAGUUUCUUUUCACUGAUGAUCCAAAUAACAAAUAUAAUGGGUUUUUCGGUCCUUUAGUUGAUUGAAGGACUCAUUUUAAAUUCGAUGAAGGUGACUUAAUAUCGGUACAUGUGUAAUAUGAAAGAUAUACAAUCUAGCGCAAAAACGUCCGCCGUUUGUUGGAAGACGCACCGUUACUUUUUGAUGGUAGUAUAGUCUUAUUCUUUGACACAUAUGAAUUAACGUGACCUAAAAUACCAUCUGUAAUGGAUUUAUUUGUAUACCAUACGUGAUUUUUCACAAGUAUGAUGCUUACAGACUCCAAACCCAGAUUAUGGAAAUACUAGUGUAUGCAUUCAUAAUAUAAUAUAAUAUAAUAUAAUAUAAUAUAAUAUAAUAUAAUAUAAUAUAAUAUAAUAUAAUAUAAUAUAUGCACUUGUAGUAAAAAGACAUGAUA